AUGGGCUCGAUCUUAAAUCCGACCCCCACCCCGCCAUCCUCAGGCGACAUUCUCAGCCUCAACGUCGAGGACCUCCACGCAAGCUAUACCGCCCGAAAGCUCUCGCCCGUGGACGUCAUCCGGCACGUCUACGCGAAGAUAUCGACGUACCCUGAUCCCGCCGUCUGGAUCUACCUGGUCCCGCUGGCCGAAGCGCUGACCCGAGCCGAGGAGCUCGUGGCCACAUAUUACCAACAUGACAGCCAUGACGACCGCUCAACGGACCCUCUGUCCCUCCCGCCACUGUUCGGAAUGCCCUUCUCGGUCAAAGACUCGAUCGACAUCGCAGGUCUAUCCACCACCCUGGCGUGCCCGAGUUUCGCGUACACGGCGACGGAAACGGCACCCGUGAUCGCCAGGAUCCUCGCCGCGGGAGGGAUUCUCAUCGGGAAAACCAACCUCGACCAAUUCGCCACGGGGCUCGCCGGGGUGCGGUCCCCCUACGGCGCACCCCGCUGCGUGUUCGACGGCGAGUACAUCUCCGGGGGCAGCUCUUCGGGCUCCGCCGUCAGCGUGGCCGCCUCGUUGGUCUCCUUCACCGUGUGCACGGACACGGGCGGCAGCACGCGCGUGCCCGCGGCGCUGAACGGGCUCGUCGGCCUGAAACCCACGCUCGGCACCGUCAGCGCCGUGGGCUUGGUGCCCGCGUGCAAGAACAUCGACUGCGUGUGCGUCAUGGGGCGGACCGUGCGAGAUGUCCACACCGUGUGGGAUGUGAUUCGGGCGUUUGACGAGCGCGACGUCUUUGCGCGCCGACACGUGCCGGAGUGGCCUGCGUGGGGCGAUCCCGUGCGGUUCGCGAUCCCGCCUGCCCACGAGCUGCACGAUCAUCUUUCCCCGGCGUACGCGGCGCUGUUUGGGAAAGUUGUUGCUACGUUGAGGAGUCAGAGUCAGAGUGACCAUUCCCCAUGGUGUAUCGAGGCCGGCACCGCCACCAGUAACUUUGACUACCACCCCUUCGCGGCCGCGAACCAAAUGCUGUACGACUCGUCGAUCGUGGCCCAGCGCCUGCUGGCCUUUGACGCGUACAUUUCCUCGCACGGCCUGGACGCGGACGACCUGCACCCGGCCAUCCGCACGACUUUCCAGCAGGCGCUGGACAACGGGUUCAGCGCCGUGCGUGCGUACGACGACAUUUUCAGGCUCGCAGGGCUGAGACGCCACGCCGAGGUCCAGUUCCGCGAGUGUGUCGACGUGCUGGUCGUGCCCAGCACGGUCGACCACUUCACCGUCGCGCAGCUGGACGAGGAACCCAUGGUGCGGAACAAGGUCAUGGGCCGGUUCACGAAUUUCGUCAAUCUGCUCGAUCUCGCCGCCGUGAGUGUGCCCGUGGGUUGGUGGAUCGGGGGAAAUGGCAAGAAGUUGCCCUUUGGCGUUACCGUCGUUGGACAGGCCGGGAAAGAUAGGGAGAUUAUGGCUUUUGGGGAGAGGGUCAUGAGGAUGAUGGCUGCGGAGGAGGCGGUGUGGAAGGGGUCAUGA